GGUUGCUCUGUGCGCACCACUCGGGCGUAGCCUACCCCAGUUGGCAGUCAUUGGGUUCUGUUUGGCAGAUCCCCGAAGAGGGAAUAGUGUGUGCGUGCGUCUGGUCGAGGGAAGACACGGACAGAGACAGGACGCCGAGACCUGGAUUGUGUUAAGCUUUUCACUGCUUUGAAGCGACAAGCUCUCCUGACUUGUAGUUGCCACUACCACCACCAAGCAACCAUUCCUGCUGCAAGUACCGGUAAGCUAGCUAGCUGCAACAGUCACCGAUAUUUAUCCGAACCGGAGCAGCGCGACAGUAGCUAGCUAGUGGAGUAGCUUGCUAGCUACCAAACCACCUUUUUCCUUUACGAAGUGGCCCCGAUGGCGAAGAACACUCUUUCGUCGCGGUUCCGGAAGGUGGAUAUUGAUGAAUACGACGAGAACAAAUUUGUGGACGAUCAUGAGGACGCGUCAGAACAGUUGGGACCAGACGCCACAGAGGUAGACAACCUCAUCAGGCAAGGGGACGUGAUGUCGGCUUUUCACAUCGCUCUUCGGAACCCACCAAUCAACACAAAGAACCCGGCAGUGAAGGAGCGAGCGCAGGCCAUCGUUCUGAGGGUGCUGACGUCAUUCAGGAGCAGCGAGAUUGAGCCGGCAGUCAGGUCGCUGGACAGGAACGGUGUGGACUUGCUAAUGAAGUACAUCUACAGAGGCUUUGAGAAGCCGUCCGAGAACAGCAGCGCCAUCCUGCUGCAGUGGCACGAAAAGGCAUUUGCUGUUGGAGGUUUGGGAUCCAUUGUUCGAGUCCUCACAGCCAGAAAGACUGUCUGACUGACUGACUGACAAUGCAAGGGGGAAGAGGACAGGGCAGGGACAGCGCCAACUACAGGGGAGAAUGUGUGGUGCAGAAGGGAAAGUAGAUGGUUAUAUCGCCAAUCCUUUCUUGCAGAAGACUAAACCAAUUUAAAUUACAAAAGGAAAAGAGAAAAAAUAAACACACAAAAAACACGGGAAAUAAUAUUCUGAGUGAAGAGGUACAGUGUAUGUUGGAAUGCUUUUUAUUGUAUCUCUCGCAAAGGUUGUGAGGGGGGAGUGCUCUUGUAUUUAAUGUACACUAUGAUUAUUUCCUUUCUUAUACAAGGUUCCUCACAUCCUCACAUUCCCAUUAGUUUUCAUUUCUUUUUGUUGUUUUUUGGUUUUAAAAUAUGAUUGAAAAACAUGAACA